AUGAAUCACAACAUAUUAUACAGAAAAAAGCAACGUGCUAAGAUUAAUCGACCAUUGACAUUAAAAAAAGAUGGCAUUCGAACACGAACACGAAAACGUAAAUCAAUAAAAGAUAAAUCAACAAUAAUGAAGGAUAUUAAAUUUCUCAACAAGGCCAACAAGCGAUCUUCACCAAUUGUUUUUAAUACGUCACAAUGUACAUUUGAAAAUUAUCAACAAUCGAAUAAUUUAGAAUCCUCUAAUACAAACUAUGCAACUGAUUGUAUAUCUGAUAAUUUCUUAUUUUCAUAUAAAACAUCAAAUCUUUAUCCGCAUUUUCAUCAUAUUGAUAAUUCUUCAUCAUUGGUUAAACAACUUCCGUCACAAUAUAAUUAUUAA